GGGGCGCCGGCCGAGGGUCGGGCCUGUGUCGGCCUGCGCCGCGCCCUGGUGAGCCGGGGUCGCCGCCUGGCAUGGCCGGGCACCGCCGGGCGCCGGGCGGGGGAGGAGCGGGCCCGAGCGCUUGGGGCCUAGCACGGCCCGUGGGAGACCUGGGUGGCGCGCGACCCGCUGUCCCGCCCGGGCCGGGAUGGCACGGCUGGGGGCGGGGGAAGGGGGGCGAGGACACCGGCUGGGGCCCUGGGCCUGGCGGCCCCUGGGGGUCACGAGGCUGGCGGGACCCGCCGCCUGCAAAGACAGGCUUCCUCCGGUCCCCGCGCGAGGGGGCAUGACGGGGCGAAAGCGCCCGGGCCUUCCCGCCCCGCGUGCGGAGGGUCGCGGGACCCGGCGGCCGGAGCGGCUUGGGGAAGGGGCCUGGGCAAGCCCAGCCCCACCCCGAGGCUUUAACCCCUCUCUGCCGGAAGGGGAAGCCCCGGCGCUGUUGAGGGGGAGGGGAGGUGUCCCCUGGGGGUAGUGGCAUCAGCUGAGGCCCUUGGCACCAGCCCAGACUCCUCCUCUCCAGGAACCCGCGGCGUCUUAGCUGGGGGUCCGGGGAGGAUGGCAUCGGAAAGGGAGUUUGGAGUCUCCGUCUGGCUCAGAAGUUGCAGCAGGAGGUGCCCCAACCAGAGGAUGAGUUGGAGGGGCGCUGCCCACUCUAGGGACACGGGAGAGAGUGGCUCUGAGGGCUUUGGGUAGUCGAGACGGAGAUGGGCAAUUGUAAGUCUUUCACUGCCGGGGAGUGGUGGGGAAGGAGUUAAAAUCUGUCUUACAAAAAGGGAAGAUGGGCUCCAUGGGUGUGUGAGCUGAGGCUGCGGUAAUGGCUGCGGCCUGCAUUAAAGAGCUUGGCUGGACUGGGCGUGUGGGGCUGAGGGAGGCUUGGGGCAGGUGCUGGGGUUGCCCCCCGCCGGUCCCAGUACCCAUACUGGGGUUUCUGAGAAUUGUGGAUUGGCCACACACUGGCCAAAAAUGCCGAUGCUGUGGGUUAGCAAAGAAGUAUGGCCGGUCAGCCCAGGUACUUCUCUGUGUUGUGGCCCAUCCCGGAAGAAGAGGGCCCCCCUGAUGGAUCUCAGCAUCCCAGAAGGAGCAUGGCCUGAGGCAGGAGGGCAGAGGGAAGGCUGGAGGCUGGAGCUGCGGGUACCCCACGGUCACAUAUUUAGGCACUGGCUUCCUUUUCCAAACAUGUUUUGCAGAGGACUCCUGCCCCUUUCUCCACCCAGUGGUUCCUAGUUCCUCAUCCGACAGGCCAGGACCUUCAGGCCCCUGCUGGGUUUUUUGGCAUGAUUGUCUCCUAGCCAACAUGUGCCCCUGGGCUCCUGUCUGAGAGUUUGGCCCCUAGUUAGAUUUGGCAUUGACUUGGGCUCUUGGGCCCCCUUGGGCAGGAACAUAACACCUGGACUCUGAUCCUGCAGGCCUGGGUGGCUUGGCUUCUAGGCAUUUAGAUCUGGGAGACGUCUCCAGGGUAAGGCCAAGAGGAGGACCAAGUUGUUGCUGCUCUAACAGCUCACCCUAGGUGUCACCUCCAGUCCCCAGGGAAGCCACGCGCCUGGGCAGAGAUGCACAGGUACCCAGGUGGGUUCCAGUUCCUCGUCAGGAGGGCCUCCUCUAGACCUGCAUCAUAUCCAAAACGGGAUCGGACCCAGGAACAGAACCCAAGAGUCACAUAUUACACUGCCAGGUCAGAGUUUGGGUGAUGUACAGCUCUUAGCCCAUGCAUUCCCCCGUUCGCUACUCAACUUGCCACUUCGGCUCACCCGAAGGGCUCACCAUCCUAAAAGUGCCAGCAAAAUUUCCCUUUAAAGAGGCCUUCCAAGAAAAAUCACCCCUUGUGGACUUCCGCGGGAGUUUUAGGAUCAGGGAAACUGGUGUUCUCCAAUCCUCCAGGGCUCCCGCACUGGCAUUUCUGCCCACCUUGUGUAUAACCACGGUAGAGUGUCUUUCAGAAAGAAACGAAGAAUCGGGACCCCUGGCCUUUGUUCCCAUGCCCACCGCUGACUUUCUGAAUCACCUUUGCCCGCUCAUUUGUCAUCUGUUGGUCUCAGCUUUUUUCCCAUUUGGCUUUUUCUACUCCCCCUAUGAGGUCUGACUGUAAAUAGAAGUUGAGUUUACGUGGCUAGCUACUCAGCAGGCUAAUGUGAACUGGAAAAAAAAGAAAAUUAUACAGAGACUUCACGGCCCUUCUAAGGACCUAGAAGUGUUCUGUUGAGCUCCUCUCAAAAAGUUGUGAUGUAGAAAGUAGGAGAUGUUUUGCCUGAGGGAAAAAAAGAGAGCCAUUUUCAAAUAUGUAAAAGUGUAAAAGACUGUCCUAUGGAAGAACUACUCUUGGGGUACCCAAGUCUUUGGAACAAGGGAUGGAAGUUAUAGGAAAAUGGAUUUUUGACUCAUUAUACAGAAUUUUCAGACAGUUGGAGCCCACCCAAGAGGGAAUGAGCCAGGAGGCAUUCAAGUCUGAGACAAAAGGUUACUUCCAGCCAUUAAGUGAGGAGCUUGUGAGAUCAGGAGGCAUUAGCAGGGAAAUGAAGUCAUAACCCGGUUCCAGCUUAGCUUUGGUUCACAGCUGAACUGGCUAUUUGGGUACCGGGGAGCCUGGUUUCCCGAACGUUUUCCCAGCCCCAAAUCCCACUCUGCCAGGCCAGGCUUUUUCAUGUAUAUGGGAGCCUGUGAAUCUUCUACUUGCCAGAGAUGCCAGAUGGCUCUUCAUGCGAUACUCAGACCAUUUCCAUUUCCAAGCACUUUGUGAGCCUUAUUUGCCAGUCUCUAGGAAACAAAAACCCUUGUCCCCAUUUCACGGGAGGAAGCCGUGAGGCCCAAGGAGGUUGAAGUGUCUUGUCCACGCUCCUCCAUGUGAAUGGUUAAUAAAAACUGGGCUUUCUUCUUUAGACCCUUAUGUUCUUCAGCAGCCCCGAUGGGGAGGAGUGGACUUUGGUCCAGAGGGUGCCCCCACCCCCACCCUGGCACCUUGCUGGGGUUUGGAUAUUAGACCACAUGUGUUUAGGGCCUCCAUACUUAGGUGGGAGCAAAGCCGUCCUCCUUCAGGAUGCUCCCUUAACCUCGGUGAUUCCUAACUUUUAGGGCUCUGGGACCCUUUUGAUAACUGAUAAAAAUUAGAGACCCUUGCGCCAGAGAAGUGUCCAUACAAACAAAAAUUUUGUACAUGCACAUCGGGAGCAAUUUCAGGGGGUUUACGGACUCUCUGCAGUGCAUCUGUGGCCCUUGGGGUGGGAACCCUUACUCUACCUUGUCAUGAGCAUGAGUCAUAAGGACUCAGUUCUCACUUGCAAGAACUUUGGUGAAUGAGUGUGGGUGAUUCCUCUGGAUAAAAGGGAAUCGAUCGCUCUCAUUUGGAUGGAUCCUCAGGCAGUCUUCAUUCAGGCCUACAGACUCUGAAUAAGAAAUCGUCAUCUCCUACACCUUGGCUAAGGGUCAGAGCCCCUGACUUCCUUACGUGACCUGAGGCAAAUUAUUCCGACCACCUAGUGGAAACAAAUGGCAUGGUAGAGAGACGAGGGCUGUCACCCUCAGAUUCAAGGUUAAGCAAGUCCCAUCUCCUGCACCUGAGGGGGGUGGUUGUAAGCAGAAUUGUCCUACAUGUGAACAUGGAAAUGACCUUGGAGCAAGUUUGGUCUGGCCUUCAGGCCUGGGCUAGUUUAGAGCAAUCUAGACAUCUUGGAGACAAUUUAGAGGGGGGAGAAAUGAUGAUCGUUUGAAUUCGAGAGGGGGUUAUGGGAUAUGGAGUUAUAGUCAACUCCUAAUUAUUCAGCAAACAUCUGCUAAUGUUGUUAAUGGAGGCGUGGUUCCCCUCCCCAAGAAGCUCUCAGUCCAGUGGGGAGACACAUAAGUCAACAGGGGGUACAGAGUGUGGAUUAUCCAUCCUAACAAAUGGAGUGUCGUACAAAUAGACCACAACCACCGAAUAAUCCAGAAAUUACUUGGUGGGCAUUGCACGUUGGGGUGGCCACUUUACCUUCCCUCAAAAUAUUUGCUGCCAGUUUGAAGAUAUGUCUCCUUCCCUUGAGAUCCCCCCUCACUGCUUAUCAUGAGCUGCUUGAAGUUCUUUUGUUGGGAGAUAAUUCUUCUGCUCCACUGGAGACUAAGUACAAUAAAGGGGCUCCUGUUCCAACAGAGAGCUAUAGGUUAGACUUUAGGAGGAAUUUUUUCCCCCGGUCUGGGCUGCGAGACUUUGAGUUUGCCUGAAGAAGACAGGCCUCGUGUUCAUGGGAGAGCCCCAGGAAUCGGGUGAACACCUGAGUUGUUUAUGGCCAUCCCCCCUGAAACCAAGGGACACUCAGGAGAUGGCCCCAUGCCCCCCUCGCAGAGGGGUGCCUGUGAAGCUCGGGCCUGGCCUCUGCCUCACUCUUGCAGCCUUGUGGCCGUGGCCACCAGAGGUGGCGCAUCUGGAUUCUGUCAGUUGUUACCCCUUUUCCAAUUCUGACUCUUCCUCCCAGUCAGGACAGUUCAACGAGGACAUGAUCCCCACCGUGGGUUUCAACAUGCGCAAAAUCACCAAAGGGAACGUGACCAUCAAGCUCUGGGACAUUGGGGGACAGCCCCGAUUCCGCAGCAUGUGGGAGCGCUACUGCCGAGGAGUGAGUGCCAUUGUGUACAUGGUGGAUGCCGCUGACCAGGAGAAGAUUGAGGCCUCCAAGAAUGAGUUGCACAACCUACUGGACAAACCCCAGCUGCAGGGCAUUCCGGUCUUAGUCCUGGGUAACAAGCGAGACCUUCCAGGAGCACUGGAUGAGAAGGAGCUGAUUGAGAAAAUGUUCUACUCUGGUUUCCCCCCAGGAAUCUUUCUGCCAUCCAGGACCGAGAGAUCUGCUGCUACUCCAUUUCCUGCAAAGAAAAGGACAACAUUGAUAUCACCCUACAGUGGCUUAUUCAACACUCAAAGUCACGGAGAAGCUGAGACUGCGGUCCUCCCCCCUCGGACCAGGGACCUGCUGUCAUCCAAACCCGAAGCCGAGCUCCCCGCCCACCCUGCCGUCCCCCCUAAGCCCGUCCCUCCUCACUCAGCGUGGGGAGGGACCCUCUGGGGAUCCCAGAGUCCUGUUCUGCUGAGGUUUGAACUCCUGAUUUUAUUGUAAAAUAAACCGCUCCCAUUCUGGCCCCCUAACCUCUCGCCCUUCCCCUUCCCUCUGCCCUCUGCCGGCCCUGCUUCCGGCCCCUUAACAGCCCUGGCCCCAUAGCCCCUGCCCUCCUCUCUCCCGUGCCCCACUCCUACACUGCCCUUUUCAACACUCUUCUGUUGUUGUCCUGUGUGUACAGUAUAUAUAUGUAUAUAUAUUUUAAUUUUUUAAUUUAAGCAAAGACUAAAAUCAACCAUUUGAUGCUGCAGGGGCCCGUCAGGACCCGGGAGGGGGGCGGUCUGGAAAGAAGGAAAGAGAUGCGGGGUGGGCUUGGGGCAGGUUCAGGUUAGGAAAGUGAAGGCUGGCACCUGGGGGGCAGGUACCAGCCAGGGCACUGGCGGCCAUCCCCAUGUCGCGUUCAUUUCCACUUCCCGAUCUGGCUUGUCCCCGUAGUGCUUGAACGUCACAGGCUGACUGCCACCUCCGGAGGUGCCCCUGUCUGCCCCCCUAGCCUCAGUAGGGCCACCAGGCACAACCAGGUGCCAGAGAGCACCAGGCGGAAGGGGCAGGAGGCCAGCGCCCGGGGCGCCCCAGCAGCCCCUCCUGCCCGUUCCUGGCUCCCAGCUCCUGCCCCUUCCUGGGGCCCCCAACUCCAUGGGCCACCUCAUUUUCUGUUCUCAUUUUGCAGAGUUGCACAAGGAGAGAACUCAGCAUGGGGGGUUGGUUCUUUGGGUUUUGUUUUCUGUUGGUUUAUGUGUUUAAUUUAAUGAUUUGUAAAGUGAUGUUCCUCUUCCUUUUUUACACUUUUCAGCUCAUAUUUAACCUCUGUUUGGAAAAUGAUUCUUGUAACUGUACAUUUUUUUGCCUCCUAACAACACGAAUAAAUGACCAGUUUUGUGUC